GGCGCACCACAGACUCGCGCGCAGCGUGGCGCCUGCGGGUUUCCGUACCGGCGUCUCCAUGGCGACCGCGUUGGCUGGGUGGCCUCCAUUGUCGGGCUCUUGCUGUCAGCGGCGGGGCUCGCAAGCGCUCCAGUGGGCGGGGGCGCGGCAGGUGAGACGCGGCGGGUACGGCCAGCUCACUGAGCCCUCGAGGCGGGCGGCGGCAGGAAGGUGGUGCCUCGGCCCCUCGUGCCCUGUCGCCUAGCUCCAGCCGGGAUGCUGACGGCAAAGGCUACACUCCUCAGGCCUGGAAUGUGAGGCCCAGAGCGUCGGAUCCAACUCAGCCUCGCCCGGAUGGGGAAACCGAGGCAGGGAGCGGGGGUGGGCGUGCGUGGGGAUCCCUUGAAGGCAGCCUCGGAAACCCCACGGAGCCUGCGCUGCCUGCGCCCCGUGUGACUCCAGACCAAGGAGGAUGAGCUGCUGUCCCUGGAAGAGAACGGAUGGAGGGAAGCAGCUCCUACAAAGUUCCCUCUGUGGCUGCUACUGAUCUGGAGGAGGGUGCUGGUCAGACUAGGAGCUUGCCUGCCACCCCCUCCAAAGAUGUUCACAAGGGUGUUGGAGGCAUCAUCUUUUCCUCCUCACUGAUUUUAGACUUGAGUGAAAGUGGUCUGUGCCGUUUGGAGGAGGUCUUUAGAAUCCCCAGCCUUCAACAAUUGCAUCUGCAAAGGAAUGCCCUGUGUGUGAUUCCUCAAGAUUUCUUUCAGUUGCUGCCAAACCUGACUUGGCUGGACCUCCGGUACAAUAGAAUUAAGGUGCUUCCUUCUGGGAUUGGAGCUCACAAGCAUUUGAAAACUUUGCUUUUAGAAAGAAAUCCUAUCAAAAUGUUACCUGUGGAGCUGGGGAGCAUAACCACGCUGAAAGCACUGAACCUAAGACACUGCCCUCUGGAAUUCCCUCCUCAGCUCGUUGUGCAGAAGGGAUUGGUGGCUAUCCAGCGCUUCCUGCGGAUGUGGGCAGUAGAACACUCUCUCCCCAGAAAUCCAACUUCUCAAGAGGCUCCACCGGUUAGAGAGAUGACCCUCCGUGACCUCCCGAGCCCAAGAUUGAAGUUGUCUGGAGACCACGCGUCUAACGAAGGAGCUGUGAACGCUCAGGACCCAGAGGGGGCCGUGAUGAAAGAGAAGGCCGGCUUUCUCCUGUCUGUGGAAAAGCCAGACCUGAGUGAACUCAGGAAGUCUGCUGACUCCUCAGAGAACUGGCCUAGCGAGGAGAUCAGGCGCUUUUGGAAGCUGAGGAAGGAGAUUGUUGAGCACGUGAAGGCAGACGUUCUGGGAAAUCAGCUCUUACCGAGGGAAUUACCUCCAAAUCUCAAGGCGGCCUUGAACAGUGAGGAAGAACUGCCAAAGCCAAGACAGGUUUUCAGAAGGAAGACAGCCUCCUCCAGGAGCAUCUUACCCAACCUCUUGUCACCAUACCAAAUGGCGAUCCGAGCAAAAAGACUGGAAGAGAGCCGAGCGGCGGCGCUCCGAGAGCUCCGGGAGAAGCAGGCUCUGAUGGAGCAGCAGAGACGAGAGAAAAGGGCACUGCAGGAGUGGAGAGAGCGAGCCCAGAGGAUGAGGAAGAGGAAGGAAGAACUCAGCAAACUCCUGCCUCCGCGGAGGAGCAUGGUGGCAUCAAAGAUUCCCUCUGCUACAGAUCUGGUAGAUAACGGGAAAGUACCACUGAAUCCACCUGGAAAAAUGAAACCAAGCAAAGAGAAAUCGCCACGAUCAAGUAAAGAAAUGAGUGCCCUCCAGGAGGGAAAUUUAGAAGAGAAGAUAAAACAGCACAUCCCCCAAAUGCAUGAGCAGAGAAGAUUCCAUGGCCAGGCCCCGCUGGAGGAGAUGAGGAAGGCUGCCGAGGAUCUGGAAAUUGCCACAGAGCUACAGGAUGAAGUAUUGAAGCUGAAAUUGGGAUUAACCUUGAACAAAGACCGUCGAUGGGCGGCCCUCACUGGAAACCUUUCUCUUGGCCUGCCAGCGGCACAGCCUCAAAAUACAUUUUUUAACACAAAAUAUGAAGAAUCAGGAAAUGUUCGCAGACACCAGUGACACCAGGUGGCUGGACUGAUGGAGACGUCUUCAGACAGGAGCCGCUCAGUCUUCUUUCCCGGGCGUCGCCUCCUGUGUGGUGGCCGGAAGAGCCCAGGUUCAGUGUUACCCUUAGGGCUGAUUUCACGCAGCCUGUUGUUUUCCUUAGACAGGUCCACGUUCCUCUCCUGAGGCUGUGGAAGAUUUCAGCCGUACUAAAAGAAAGGACACUGUGAGCAUGUGGUCUCGCCUUCCCUUCUUUCUGCAGGUUCCUGCCAAGCCACGUGGCAGAAUGCUCAUGCUCAGGCACCUGCCUCUCUCCUGUCCUGGAGCCCUUGUUACAAAAGUACUCGCAGCUUACAGCUUUCAUUCACUUAUUUGAGGGUAGGAGAGGAUACCAGGUCACCCGAUUCCCGCCAAGCCGGAAGUCCCUGCAGCACCACCUUUGGCUAGGAGGGAGGGGUGACAGCCAAAAAGGGCUUCGGAAGAGUGGUUACCCUGCUCCCUGCCCAGCGACAGGCCUUCCUUUCCCCUGCUCCCUGCCCGGCUACAGGGUCCUCCUUUCAGCCUUGACCCCCUCCUGGUUGCUACCAGUCAGCCUCCCCAGGGACACAGCGGGGUCCACAGACCUCCCCAUCAUAGAUCAGCCUUAUUUCACGCUGUCUGCCCAGGCUGUGGAGAUUCUGUGUGACUUCGUCUCUUGUGCUGAGUGUUUGAUUGGAUCUUGAAAACAUCUUUGGUUUGAUUUCUGUAACAGAGGUGAGACUAUUCAGACUUUGUUUCUUUUUGUGUUAAUUUUGGCAAAUAUGGUUUUCAGUGAGUUUCCUCAUUUCAUCCAAGUUGUGCAAUGUAUCAGCAUAAAGUUCCUCUUAUUUUCAGUAUCUUUAGGAUCUGUAAUAAUGUCCCCUCUUUUAUUCUUGACCUGGUGUUCUUCAUCAUUCUUACUAUGGAUUUAUCAAUUUUGUCCCUCUUUUCCAGAAGCCCCAGGUUUUGGCUUCACUGGAUUUGCUGUUUGUCUUCUGUCUCAUGGGCCUCUGCGCCCUGCACUUCCUACUUUCCGAGAGUUUAACUGGUGCUUGGAGAGAAAUGCAUCACUUCCAAACCCACGUAUUAGAGAAGAAGGAGGGUGUGAAAUUGAUCAUCUAAGGUUUCCAUUCAGGAAGCUAGAAAGGUGUCAGUGACCUGUUGCGGCCCAGCAGCUGGAGCAGCAGACGUUUGCCAUUUCUCACGCCUGAGGGCAGGAGUCGGAGCAGCUCAGCCAGAGUUGGUGGUAAGGGUCUCCCUUGAAGGUUUAACUGGGCUUGGGGCUCAGCUUCCAAGGUGCUCUCCUGGUUGUUGAUCAGAGCGUGUCCGUUGUGAUCACCGUCCUUUGAAACUGUGAAGCCUUGCCCGGUGGCCUGCCGCAGGAUAUGUUUUGGUAGAUGUAGGCUGUGCACUUGAGAAGAAUGUAUUUUGGGUUGUUGGGUACAUUGUUUUGUGUGUGUCAGGCGACACUGACUAAUCCUGUUGCUCAAAGCUCCUGUACCCUGACUGACUGACUUGUUUAAGCCUGGUUUCUCAGUUACUGAGAGAGGCCUGUGAACAGUUCUAGCUAUGAUCAUGAACAUGUAUUUUUUUCUUAGUUAUGUCAGUUUCUGCUGUAUGUAUUUUGGGGCUAUUUUGUCAGAUGCCUACAAAUUUAGGAUUGUUUUACCUUCCUGUUGAACUGACCUUGUCAUUAUUAUGAACUAUUUCUCUUCGCCUCUCCUUUUCACUUCUUGCCUUCAUGUGGAUUUUGUCUGAUACUAAUCCAGGCACACCACUGCUGUUUUGGUCAGCGUUUUCAUAAUGCAUCUUCUUCCAUCCUUCUACUGUCAGCCUCUCUGUGUCUUUAUACUGGAUUUAAAGUGCACCCUAUCUCUACAUCAUACACUCGGGACUCCUUUUCUUUCUCUAGCUGCCAGUUCUGUCUUUCAGUUACAGUGUUGGGCCCUCACAUUUAAGGUGAGUGUGCGUACAGCGGAUUCCAUGCCCAUCUCAUGUUUUUAUUCCUUUAUUCUUCUUUUGCUGCUUUCCGAUAGUGAUCAAUUUUUUUAUUUAUAUCUCUUCUAUUAGAGUUUUAGUAAUAUCUUUUAAUAUUAUUCUCUUGGGUGUUGCCUUAGAGAUUUGGUACGUGCCCUUGAGUUCAUUAGCAUUUCCUGAAUGAGCCAAUGACCCUGAGAAGGUCCCUCCCAUCUGCCAGUUCCCUGCCCUUGAUGCUGUUGCUCUCGUCUGCCUCCCUUCCACAGAUAAGCAUGCAAGACACAGGUACCGUGUGCCCCAACGGUGUCUUGACGUGUUGUUACUAGACAUCAGUGUCUGCUUCACUUUACCCAUCCUGAUGCUCUUCCCUCCUGCACCCUCAUGCCCCAAUGAGGGCUGAUUUUCAUUUAGCUAAUAACUUUUUUUAAGUAUUUCUUUGUAUCAUGGUUAUGCUUUGACUGGCCGUAAGUUCUCUCAGCUUUUGUUUUUCUGAAAAUAAAUUUAGUUCGCCUUUAUUCUGCGCAGGACAGAAUUCUAGUGGACGAUUUUUGCCAUCCCCAGAACUUUAAAGAUGGGCUCCACUGUCUUCUGGCUCCCAUGAGUUUUGUUAAAAAUUCAGUGUUUGUUGUUAUUUGUUGCUCCUUUGAAGGUAAUGUGUCUUUUUUCUUUGUCUUAAAAUUUUUUCUCCUUAUCUUUGGUUUUCUGCAGUCUGUGCUGUGCCUGGAUGUGAUUUCCUUUUUACUUAUUUUUCUUGGAAUAUGUAGAACUCAAAUCUGGGAGUUAGUGUCUUUCAUCAGUUUUGGAAAAUUCUUAGCCAUUUUUUUUGACUAUUUUUUCCCCUGUUCUCCCUCUUCUCCCUGAGACUUCAGUUUUGUGUGUGUGUGUGCGCGUGCGUGCAUAUGCAUGAGUGUGUGUGCGCGCGUGCGUGCAUAUGCAUGAGUGUGUGUGCACGUGUGUGUGCAUGUGUGUGCGUGUGUAUAUGUGCAUGUGUGUGUGUGGCUGUGACCUGCACGUCUCUUCUGUCAUGUGUUCUAUUUUUCAUUCCUCUCUACAUCAGGCUAGAUGCCUCGUGUCUACAUGGUUUUAGAUUUACGAAUCCUGUCUUCUGUUGUGUCCCACAGAAAAACCCAUGAGGUUUUUUAACAUUAAAAACAGCAGCUUUAUGAUAGAGAAAAAAACACGAACACAGAUGAUUGUACCAUCGCACUCAGAAGAAACAUCCCAGGCCCUGAGCAACAUGUCUUUCCUCGGCCGAGUCAGGCUUCCUGGUGAGCCUCAGGGAGUGCGUGGUGUCAGAUCCCAUCCUGCUCUUCUCCAGCAUUUCCUCUCACUCUGUGUUCUUGGGGAGUGUGUGGUCUCAGAUCCCAUCCUGUUCCUCUCCAGAGUUUCCUCUCACCUCCGUGUUCUCGGGGAGUGCGUGGUCUCGGAUCCCAUCCUGCUCCUCUCCAGCAUUUCCUCUCACCUCCGUGUUCUUGGGGAGUACGUGGUCUCAGAUCCCAUCCUGUUCCUCUGCAGAGUUUCCUCUCACCUCCAUGUUCUUGGGGAGUGCAUGGUGUCAGAUCCCAUCCUGCUCAUCUCCAGCAUUUCCUCCCACUCCAUGUUCUCGGGGAGUGUGUGGUCUCGGAUCCCAUCCUGCUCCUCUCCAGCAUUUCCUCUCACCUCCGUGUUCUCGGGGAGUGCGUGGUGUCAGAUCCCAUCCUGCUCAUCUCCAGCAUUUCCUCUCACUCCAUGUUCUUGGGGAGUGCAUGGUCUCAGAUCCCAUCCUGCUCCUCUCCAGAGUUUCCUCUCACUCCGUGUCUCGUUCUCGUCUCUGCCAGAAUUCCACAUCUGCUCGUGCAUGCCAUCCACCUUUUCCACUAGAUCCUUUUACAUCAUCAUUAUAAUGAUUUCUUUUAAAUAAGUGUUUUCUUUCAGUUUUAAAUUUCAGAUGUUGUGUUUUUCAGAUCUAAGGUCUCUGGUAAUUUUUUGUGGAUGCUGAUUCUCUGUUGAAAUUCUCCAUCUUUUCAUUUCCUUUAUAUCUCUUUUCUUCUUUUUUUCUAUAACAUAUUACAUUUUUCUAAUAAGUUUUUAGUGAGUGCCCAGCAUUGUGUAAGUUGACCCUUGAACAAGAGUUUGAAUUAUAAGGGUCCACUUAUAAGUGGAUUUUUAAAAACAAAUAUAUUGCAAAAAAUUUUGGAAAUUUGCAACAAUUUGAAAAAAUUUGCAGAUGAACCACACAGCCUAGAAAUAUCUAAAAAAAGAAAAAAGAAAAGGGUAUGUCAUGAAUGCAUAAAAUAUACAGACCAUACAUGGACCAUUCACAGUAGAGAGAAAUGUCGCUGUAAAGAUGCAGCAUUGGCCGGGCGCAGUGGCUCAUGCCUGUAAUCCCAGCACUUUGGGAGGCCGAGGUGGGCAGAUCACCUGAGGUCAGGAGUUCAAGACCAGCCUGGCCAACAUGGAGAAACCCCGUGACUACUAAAAAUACAAAAUUAGCCAGGCAUGGUGGCGCAUGCCUGUAAUUCCAGCUACUCGGGAGGCUGAGGCAGGAGAAUCGCUUGAACCCAGAAGGCAGAGUUUGCGGUGAGCCAAGAUCGCACCAUUGCACUCCAGCCUGGGCAACGAGAGCAAAACUCUGUCUCAAAAAAAAAUGCAGCAUUAAAUUAUAACUGCAUGAAAUUAACUGCAGUCCACAGUGUGCUGCUGGAAUAAUUACAAAGCCAUCUCCUGUUGCUAUUGCAGUGAGCGCAAGCAUUCAAGGAUCCACUUAAAACAUCAUGUGGUGCUAAUCUCUGCACGAGCAGUUCAUGUCUUCAGUACAUUGUGUAUCACAGUAAAAAGUGAUCUAUUUUAACUGGACACGGUGGCACACACCUGCAGUCCCAGCUGCUCGGGAGGCUGAGGCAGGAGGAUCCCUUGAGCCCAGGAGGUUGAGGCUGCAGUGAGCUGUGAUUGCACCACUGCACUGCAGCCUGGGCAACAGAGUGAGACCCCAACUUGAAAAAAAGGGGACAUCUGGAUGUUCUUGUGUAUUUUUCAUGUUUAGUGCAAUACUGUAAACCUUGAAGAACACUUUGGGACCCAUAGAGUGCCACCAGUCAUGCUGAAGAGCUCCUGAGAAGCAGAGAAAAGUCAUGACAUUUCAAGAAAAAGUUGAAUUUCUUGAUAUGUUCCAUAGAUUGAAGUUUACAGCUGCGGUUGCCUACCAAUUCAAGAUAAAUGAAUCCAACAUUAAAGACCAUAGUAAAAAAAUAAGGAAUUUUGUGAGCAGGCCCAAAAGCCUUAACACUUUCUGUGAAAUACCUUUUUAUCUUGUAUUGGGAAUGCAGCUUUUAUGUGGGUAUAGGAUUGCUGUGUGUGAUGGUUCAUAUUAAAUGUCAACUUGAUUAGAUUGAAGAAUGUAAGGUAUUGUUUCUGGGUGUUGCCAGAAGAGAUUAACAUUUGAGUCAGUGGACUGGGAGAAGACCCACCACAGUGUGGGCAGGCACCAUCCAAUCGGCUGCCAGCAUGGCUGGAAAAAGCAGGCAGAAGAAGGUGGCUGAAGCUGACUGGCUGAGUCUUCUGGCCUUUAUCUCUCUUCCAUGCUGGAUGCUUCCUGCCCUUGAACAUCAGACUCCAAGUUCUUUGGCUUUUGGAGUCUUGGACUUACACCGGUGUUUUGCCAGGGGCUCUCGGGCCUUCGGCCACAGACUAAAGGCUGCACUGUUGGCUUCCCUCCUUUAGAGGUUUGGGGACUCAGACUGAGCUACUACUGGCUUCCUUGCCCCUCAGUUUGCAGACAGCCUAUUGUGGGACUUCACUCUGUGAUCCUGUGCCUCAGUUCUCCUUAAUAAACUCCAUUUCAUAUGUA